GUGAACAGCGUCAUAAUUCGUAUGAGAUUCACGCGUGCUCCGUUACAUUGAACCAAAGUUAUUCGAAAGGGAUAAUACCGCGAUAUUAAUUAAUUGGUAAAAGCGAUCUUAUGAAUUACUAAAUAUUCUUUUAACGAGAAAAAAAUCAUUGAAAUUACGACGAUUAACGGGUAAAUUAUUAAAGAGAGCCACGAAUGACUGCAAAUAAUGAAAAAUUUUAGCAAUCGCAUGGAUUUGCUAUCAACAUCUAUGGUGACUGUGCAACGAUCGAAUAAAAUAUUACACGCCAUCAAUCUCGAUGCGACCAUAGAGCAGGAUGAAUUCGAGAGUGUCUCUGAGUACUAUAUUUAUUGGGCAAUAUUGGAUGGUUUAUUAUUCAUCAUCAUAGUCGUUGGCAAUAUAUUGACUAUUCUUGCAGUCAGAUUGACUCGUAAAUUACGACAAGUAUCGUCCAAUCUUUUCGUCCUAAAUCUCGCGAUAUCCGACCUGAUGGUUGGAUUUACUUUGAUUUAUCAUCUUGCAUUUUAUAUGUACAAAAGUCUCGGCGAACACAAGCCGACUUGUAUAUUGCGUUUCGUUAUAGCGACUCUUGCUUGUUCACUGAGUUUGUACAGUCUCAUGACAAUUGCCAUUGAUCGUUACAUCGGUGUCAUGCAUCCAUUGAAAUACGCUCAACACGUUACUCGAGUAAACGUUAUCAUUAUUAUCGUCGUCGGAUGGCUCAACGCGAUCGCAAUCUCAACUGUGCCGAUCUUUUGGAACUGCUUCGACGAAGUUCACACGUGCGAGUUUCAGACUAUCCUGCCAAGGGACUAUGCAACGAUGAUUUUAUGUCCACUGGUGUGCCUGAUAUGGACGAGUUUAUUUUUCCUUUACUGGCGAAUUUGGCGUGCGGCGGAAAGUCACGCGCGUCGUCUCAGAGAAUCCGGUUUCGACAAUCCACAUUUACAUGACUGCAAAGGCUCAAAGGCUGUACUUUCGAUAUUGGGCUGUUUCUCAAUUUGCUGGCUUCCCUAUCUGAUCAUAGCAUGCACGAGACUGUUUAUAUUAAAAUCAACCGGAACUCUCUAUAAAGCCUUAUUUUCGCUGGCGAUGGCAAACAGCGGAAUGAAUCCGAUCAUCUACGCGUGGAAAAAUUCUCAGUUUCGAAAAGCUUUUCGAAAUCUUCUGCGCUUCAAGAGCCCCAAUUCUAAUACCUUCAACGCAAGCCUCAACGAUUAUCUGAAAAAACAGAGAAAAUUGACGGAACGAGAAAGUGGCUAAAUUUAUAUUAACCCGAUCGACGUGUUUGGAGCAGUAACGCAGUAUUUCAUUAGAAUUGAUGUGCGAAAGAAGCUACGCUCCAUAUUUACCAGUGUCAUUUCAAUGAAAAUAGGCAAACAAAAUAAUUUUUUAUUGUAGAUGAAUUGAAGAAAUAGUGUAAACCUAGUACGCGUG